UAAUGAACGAUUACUUAUCUGACGUCAAUUAUUGAAACAAUGUGUUGGUAAUUUUUUUACCCACGCUUGAUUUGAUUAUAGUCUUACUAUAUGGUUAGAUAAGUGUGUUAUUAUGUUCUGUUCAAAUCAUAUCAGCUUGAAUUUUCCAUAAUGGCGAGUUUGCGUCUCAAUUCAACCAUUCCUAAUUUUACUGCAACCAGUACCAUCGGAGAGUUAGAUUAUUACGAUUACGUUGGCGAUUCGUGGUCUAUUUUGUUUUCCCAUCCGUUGGAUUUCACUCCUGUUUGUACCACCGAAUUGGGUAGAAUUAUAUAUCAAUUCGAAGAGUUUAGAGAAAGAAAUGUCAAAGUGAUAGGACUAUCGUGCGAUGAUGUAUCCAGUCAUAUUCGAUGGAUUCAUGAUAUCAAAUCAUACUGUUUGGAAUUUUCCGGUGAUUUUCCAUACCCCAUUAUUGCUGAUCCAAGUCGAGAAUUGGCGAUGAAACUAGAUAUGUUGGAUACAGAAGAUACGGAUAUUGGACUAGAAGAAGCUCUAACUGUUCGUUCUUUAUAUCUUAUAGAUCCUAUGAAAAAAUUACGUCUUUCUAUGAUUUAUCCUGUGUCUACUGGGCGUGAUAUCGACGAAAUACUACGAGUGAUUGAUUCUUUGCAGUUGGUAGAUAAAUAUGGAAUUAUUGAAACACCAGUGAAUUGGAUUCCUGGAACUAAGAUUUUAGUCGAUCCUACUGCUACAGAAGAAGAAAUCAGAAGAAUAUUCCCCGAUAGCAAAGUUGAAAGUACCCAUUUACCGUCUGAUCGAUGUUAUAUGCGUUCAAUAAUUAAUUACUAACGAAUACUCCAUCGUUGGAUUUAAGUUUUCGCCGAAUCUAAUGAUCUCUUUACCCAGUUGCAGUUUUCAUUUCGUGUUUCAACCGAUAUUAGAAAAUCAACUUGUUGAAUUCGUUUUACAUUUUUCGUUUCUAUAAAUCAUCGUGUAAGAUGCGUUUGUACUCGAUGCAAAUGCCUCAUUAAUUAAUUCAACAAGAAACAGAAUAACGAUAUAUUCAACAAAAUAAAUAAAAAAAAUUACAACAAUAAUACAUCAUAUUAUAACUUAA